CUGCCGCGCGUAUGGUGGUACCUAGGCAGCGAUCGCCCGACGGACUGUAGCCGACUGUAGUAAUAAUAAUAAUAUACCUAGCUAGUCGCAGUCGCGCGGCAGACCGUCUGUACGGCGUACGCGUGUUCGCAGUCACUACAACACUGCCUUCGUUGUCGUAAUUAUAAUAAUAAAAUAUAGUUUUGAAAAAAUUAUCAAUUAUUGUGUCGUACCUAAAUAUGAUUUACGGUUAACCAUAACACGUUGUGUUCGAUACGAAAUUCAUAUAGUUAUUAUGACUUGACGCGAAUGUAGAGUGCCUGUUCGCGUGAGUGUCUGUGUUUUGUUUUUUUGACGUGCGCGCGGGGCCAUUGCAGCCGCGCCUCUAUACCGUUUUGAUAUUAUCAUAAUAUUCGGGUACCUAUAUUGUAUAUAAUAUGCCUUUGUUCAACCGGAAAACCGUGCAAAAGAUCAAGGACGAACCGGCCGCGGUGCAGAACAAGCACAACGAACACGACGAUCAAGUGAAACAAAACUUGGUGUUCCACUGCCAACAAGCCCAAGGAAGUCCAACGGGACUGGUAUCGAAUUUCUCCAACGUCCGUGAACUGUACCAGAGGGUGGCCGACUGUUAUGACUUUCCUUCGGAUGAAAUUCUGUUUUGCACAUUAAAUACUCACAAAAUGGACAUGACAAAACUUCUGGGUAGUCAAAUCGGUCUGGAUGAUUUUAUUUUUGUACAUCGUAAAGGACGACCUAAAGAAAUCGAAAUUGCUAAGACGAACGAAGCACUUGGUCUGACAAUCACAGAUAAUGGAUCUGGAUAUUGUUUUAUAAAACGUAUUAAAGAAAAUAGCAUCAUUGAUAAAAUUUCCUACAUAAGUGUAGGUGAUCAUAUUGAAAAAAUAGACAAUGAAACAAUGGUGGGCAGAAGACACUAUGAAGUUGCUAAGAUGUUAAAAGACAUUCCAAAAGGAACUGUAUUCACGUUACGAUUAAUAGAGCCAAUUAAAGCGGGAUUUUCGAAUAUCGAGCCAAGGGGUUCCAAACGAGGGAAGAAUGCUUCGUAUGGAAAUGGGAAAGAUACGUUACGGUUCAAAGCCAACGGUGCAGCUCAAAUUCAAAAAGAGACUGACGAGUCCAAAAAGGGUAUUGAUAAAAUCAAUCAACUUCUGGAAAACUUGUUGGGAAUUAGCGACUUUGAACUUGCUACACAAAUUUGGGAAAAAGGAGAAGAUAAGCUGAACAGUAUGGACUUUGCGGAAGCUAUCGAUAACUCGGACUUAGAUGAAUUAGGAUUCACAGACGAUUUCAUCAUUGAACUAUGGGGAGUCAUAACAGAUGCUAGGGCUGGACGCUUGAAAAAUUAACUAGAAAUAAUGUAUUUAAUCGCCUUCUAAUGUGUUUUAAUUUUAUUUUGUAAAUUUAUACUGAUUAUAUAUUCGAAUAAAAAUGUAUUUAUGAAUGAUUUCAACAA